GGACGGAGGUGCUUCAGUAUUCGAAUGAUAUGAACAUCCCCAUUGGGUUACGAGACAUGGAUGCUGCCGAAGAAAGUACAUUUCGAAAUGCUCAAUACUCGGAUAUUGACGAUCUGUUCGACUAUGAUGCUGGCCUAGAAGAAGUUCCUCGAGAGGCCCCAAAUGCGUCAUAUGCAGAAGGCACUAAGCCAUCUACUAGAGACGAUACAUCUGGUUUGGGGCUGGGCUUAGAUGAAGAAGUCAAGGUGGCCAGAAAGCGAAAGCCUACUGCAAAGUUAGAUGAAAGCCGGUUACUUUCACAGUCCGGAAUUCCGAAGCUUCGCCGCACAGCAAAAUCAAAGUUGAAGCUCAAGGGUAAAGGACACGAGUUUUCAGAUGCCGCACGGCUGCUGAACUUCUAUCAACUUUGGCUUGAUGAUUUAUUCCCCCGUGCUAAGUUCUCCGAUGGCCUCGCCAUCAUUGAGAAGCUUGGCCAUUCUAAGCGUUUACAGACCAUGCGGAGAGAAUGGAUAGAUGAGGAAAAACCGAAACCGCAUACCUCUGAGCUGGAGGAAGCGCGGCAUGGCGAAAAUACUUUUGGUGGUAGCCGGGCAAUAUCAUUCGGCGAGAGACUCUACACUCAUGACCCGGCCGUCAUCGGUAUGGACAGCUCUCAAUUGAAUGCGGUUGACGGUAAGUCCUGGAGCUUUAACUCGCAAUUCCCUUCGGGUGGUAACCCGCCGCAACAAGAUAAAGGGGUAGGCGACCUUGCAGACCCGGAGUUCCUGCUGUCAGAUAACGAAAGGAAUGCACGAAAUUCCGAGGCCCAACACAUUCCCGAACACGACGAAUUAGAAGUGCUGCUAAAUGAACAAGAGAGUGGGGGUUUCGAGCCAAAUGGAGUUGUCUUGAGGCCACAAGAACAUGAUGGAUUUAAUGAUGAACUGGAAGCUAUGGAAGAAUUCGGUAUCCUUGACACUGGGUAUGAAAUUACUUGAGGGAAUACAACCAUAGUCGCACGGUAUUAUGCAACUUGAAUUUCAAACACUAGCUUUUUUUC